UUGCUUUAUGACACUGUUCUUUGAAGAAAUGAAGUUUUUGUUGCAGAAUAGUAAGAUGGGUACCAUGAUGUUUGUGGGUAUGUUGUUAUUGCCAGUGAUUCAUUCUCUUGCAGCCGGCAGCAUUACAGAUCAGGAUGCUCUACUCCAAUUCAGGUAUUCCAUUACUUAUGAUCCUUUUGAUGCAUUAGCUAAUUGGAAUACUAGUAUCUCCUUGUGCAAUUGGACUGGUGUUACAUGCAGCUUGAGGAAUGUAAGAGUUAUUGAACUCAACUUCACUGGUAUGGGUUUAAGGGGUACAAUAUCUCCUUUCAUGGGGAAUUUGUCUUUUCUUGGGGUACUUAUUCUCUCUAAUAAUAGUCUGCAUGGCCACAUUCCACAACAAUUUGGUAGUCUUAUUGGGUUGCAGGCUUUGUCCUUGCAGAAAAAUCAGUUAGAAGGUCCUAUUCCCCAUGAGUUAGGCUUGCUCACAAAUUUACAGGUUCUUAUGUUAGGAGAGAACAAUAUAACAGGUGCUAUUCCUACCUCUUUUGGCAACCUCUCAGCCUUGACUAGCCUAGAUUUGGGUACUAAUGAACUAGAAGGUUCAAUUCCUGUGGAACUUGGUAGGCUCACUCAGCUGAACUCAUUGAAUCUGAACUUUAAUAGACUGUCAGGCACCAUUCCCUCUAUUUUGGGUAACCUCUCAGCCUUAAUGUACUUGAGUUUGAGUGAAAAUAAACUUCAAGGCUCAAUACCUAGUGAACUGGGUAUGCUCUCUCAGUUACUUUUGUUGAAUAUGAAUCUGAAUCUAUUGUCAGGCACCAUUCCUCGUUCUCUGGGGAACCUCUCUUCUUUGGUCUACCUUGAAUGUUUUUCAAAUAAUCUCACUGGUGCCAUUCCAUAUGAACUGGGCCAACUAAUCCAUAUGCAGGAACUGUAUCUUUCUAUGAACCAGCUUACAGGAGAGAUACCUCCUUCCCUAUCGAACUGUUCUUCUCUUCUGCAUUUGGUUUUGAAUCAAAACAAGUUAUCAGGACACAUUCCAUCAUUUCUUGGUACAAAACUUGCUCAUCUAGAAAAUAUUCUUCUUUUUACAAACAGCUUCACAGGAGAAAUACCUCCCUCCCUUUCAAAUUGUUCUGCAUUACAGUUUCUAGCUUUAGAGGACAAUAAAUUGUCAGGGCACAUUCCAUCAUUUUUGGGAGAUAAACUCAUUAAUCUACAAUAUCUUACUCUUUUUACAAACAAUCUUACGGGUGAAAUACCGCCAUCCAUCUCUAACUGUUCCUCUCUUCAGAUAUUGGGUUUACAUGAGAACAAACUAUCAGGAUAUAUUCCAUCAGAUUUUGGAGUCAAACUCCCCUAUCUAAAUACACUCAUUCUUUCUUCAAACCAACUUACAGGAGAAAUACCACCUUCUCUCUCCAACUGUUCUUUUCUUCAAAAUAUAACUUUAUAUGAUAACCAAUUAUCAGGACACAUUCCAUCAGUGCUUUGUGAGAAACUUAAGAAUCUAAGGGAUCUAAAUUUAUGGGGAAAUAGGCUUAGUGGAAACAUACCAAAUUCCAUUGGAAAUUGUUCCAAACUAGAGUUGCUUUUUCUACAAGUCAAUCAGCUGAGUGGAAUAGUGCCCAAAGAGGUAGGCAACUUAUAUCUGCUAAAAAAACUUAGCUUAUAUUCCAACAACCUUGUUAGUGAGAGCAGUAAGCCCUUUGCAUUUCUCACCGCUCUUACAAAUUGCUCUAAACUACAGGAGAUACUUUUGUCCCAUAAUCAGUUUACCGGUGCUUUGCCUCCCUCCAUAGGCAACCUUUCUCCCAAUCUCGCUUGGCUUGAGAUAUCAUCCAACAGCGUAAAUGGAAGCAUACCUCCACAAAUUACAAAUCUCUCCAACCUGAAUUUCUUAGCUUUAAGUGCUAAUAUGCUAAAUGGGUUCAUUCCGUCCGGAUUUAGAGCCUUUCAAAAUUUGGAACGACUAUAUUUGGGAAGCAACAGAUUAGAGGGAACCAUUCCAAGUGAGAUAGGUCAAUUGCAAAGACUUGGACUCUUGUCUCUUAGUCAAAACAAGCUAUCCGGAAGAAUUCCUGAAUCUCUUGGCAGCCUUGAAGCUCUUAGAAGACUUUUUCUUCGUGACAACAAAUUAUCAGGGGAGAUACCUGUGAGUUUAAGGGGAUGUAAGAAUUUAGAGUUGCUAGACCUCUCUUCCAAUGAACUGAGGGGCACUAUACCUGGCGAAGUUCUUACCAGUCUUAAAAAUCUUCAAUUCUAUUUAAAUCUCUCAUGGAAUGAAUUAGAAGGGUCCUUGCCCACAGAGAUUGGAAAUAUUGCAAUGGUUCAAUCUAUAGAUGUUUCAGGCAACAAAUUGAAUGGUGGCAUUCCAGAGGCACUGGGAAGUUGCACAGGGUUGAUAUCUUUGAAUCUAUCAAACAAUGCCUUACAAGGUACAAUCGCAGAGGCACUGAGCAAUUUGGUGUAUCUCAUGGACCUGGAUCUUUCCUCCAAUGCUUUAUCUGGUCAGAUUCCAAAAUCCCUGAAGAAACUUAAAUUUCUUCGCUAUCUGAAUUUAUCUUUCAACAGACUCACUGGAGAAGUUCCAGAAGGAGGGGUUUCUGCUAAUGCCACUGCUACUGUUUCACUCAUUGGGAAUGCUGGCCUUUGUGGACCGCGGAUAUUCUUGUUACCUGAUUGCCCAAAUCAGAAAAGUCAUUCACACAAAGAAACAGUGAUAGUGGCAGUUUCUAGUGCCAGUGCUUUUGUGGUAUUCUGUUUAGGUUUAGGUCUCUUGUGGAGAUACAUCUCACCACCAGAUGAUCUCCCAAGGGAUAUCAUGCAGAAGUUGGAGCACCUCAAAAUUUCUUACGAAGAUCUUUUUAGUGCAACUGGUGGAUUUAGUGAGAGCAAGUUGGUUGGAGUGGGCAGCUUUGGAUCAGUCUACAGGGGAGACAUGAAAGAUGGUAGAGUAUAUGCAGUGAAGGUUCUUAAUUUGAACGAUGAAGAAGCUCAUAAGAGUUUUGAUGCUGAAUGCAAGGUGUUAAGAAAGGUUCGACACCGCAAUCUCACCAGGAUCAUAACUUCUUGUUCCAUCCCUGGCUUCAAAGCUUUAAUUUUUGAAUUUAUGCCAAAUGGAAGCUUAGAGAAGCAUUUGUAUCCCGAACAAGUUGACUGCAAAUUGGGGUUGAAAAGACGACUGGACAUUGCCAUUGACAUAGCAAAUGCCAUGGAAUAUCUGCAUUACAAUUCUUCUGUCCAAGUAGUCCACUGUGAUUUAAAACCCGAGAAUGUUCUUUUGGACAAUGACCUGACAGGGCAUGUAACAGAUUUUGGAAUUGCCAGGUUAACUUCAGGUACACAAUCUGUGGGUUCUCUAACUUCAACACUUUCCAUCAAAGGGUCAGUGGGUUACAUUGCCCCAGAGUAUGGGCUAGGAGGCAGAGUAACUACAGAGGGAGAUGUCUACAGUUACGGCAUUUUGUUGUUAGAAAUGCUCACAGGGAAGAGACCAACAGAUGACAUGUUUGUAGGAGGUCUUAACCUACACCAGUGGGUAAACUCGGCCUUUCCUAACAGCCUGGUAGAUAUACUUGACAGAAGCUUAGUGCGGGAUAUUGUUGGCAUGGAAGAGGGCAUGGAAGAAAUAGAAGAUCUGUACAAGCGGUGUUACACUUCCUUAUUUGGUAUUGGUUUGGCUUGCUCGAAAGUUUCGGCAGAAGAAAGACCAACCAUGAAAGAUGUUGUAAGGGUGUUGGAGAGUAUGAGGGAAAGUUUGACCGGAAGUGAUGGAAUUUCAGUCAAAAUAUGGCCAACCAUAUCUGAUUUGGUGAGCACUCCUCCUCUACGAGCAGCAAGAGAUGACAUAAAUUGUUCUUCUACCAGCGAAAGCUCUUCGGCAUAUUAAUUCCUUGCGAAGGGUGCAAUAGAAUCGUUUGAAACCCUUUAUGGAUUAGAACUUACCAUAUGUAUAAUUUAUAUCAUAGGAAACAGAUGUUUUUCUCAUCUCUAAGUUCUAGGGCUGUAGCUCAUUUUCUAUGUCAUCUUUGUACCUUUCUUUUCAGCUUCUUCAGAAAUAAUGAUGCAUUAAUGUAAUCAAUCCCUAUUCAAAGUUCAUAGGGGACUUCUUUGGAGGUG